CUGUGCAAAAUAAAAAGAAAGUGCUCCUUCUAUCCGACAGUCAUGGCAGAGGACUUGCACAAAAUCUAUCAGAAGAACUUGGACCAAGUUUCGACGUGUCCAGUUUUGUCAAACCAAAUGCUGGCCUUGAAGGUGUAACCGACUCCAUGGAUACAGUGUGCAAGAACUUCACAAGUGAGGACUGUGUAGUAAUAAUUGGUGGCACGAAUGACAUUCAAAAACCGACCAGGCAAAAUUGUCUUGAUCAAGUAUCGACCAAGGUCACAAAACUAAGUAAAGAAACUAAUGUCAUUAUUGCAGCUGUGCCCUGGAGACUGGAUACACCCCACCUCAACCUUGAAAUUGAUAAAGUAAACACAUACCUGUAUGGCAAGGUGAAAGAAAAUAUUUGUCAACAUGGAAAUAGUGAUAAUGUAUGCUAUAGCACAUCCAUGGUGGACUUGGAAAGAAAAUACUACUCUAGAUCUGGUCUACACUUGAAUUCCAGGGGAAAGAAAAUAAUAAGUCACAGGUUUGCUAAACAAAUAAAAGCCAUAUCUAAUAAUGAGAGAGAAAAGAAUUUUUAAUAGGAGCCACUGAACAAAUCAACUCUAGUCAAUUGAAAGCCCUACCCUAUUUUAACAUAUG